AAUCAUAAUAAUGGAAAUUAAAACGGUGUCAAACAAUAUCAAACUUCUUCUUGAGAGAAGAAUUAAUCCCACUAUAAUUCAAAAAUAUACCAUCCAUAGAGUAAUAAAUGCCACAUCGUAUUACAGGUGUAGACAAAGGAGUUGCUUAGGACGGGGUAUUUUACAAUCAGGUAGGUUCACAGAGAUGCAGGAUCAUACCAUAGAACAGUGUAAAUCACAUAUUGGCAAUAUGUUUACUCCAUGUCAACCCUUAGUAACACAGAACAUGCAACCUGUUAAUGCCAUAUCAAGUAAUGUAUGUGCCCCAUCUCAACUCUCUGUAGCAAACUACUAUAACUAG